GCCCUCACGUGACCCCGGCGCGUUCUCGCGGGGGGCAGACUCUCCGAGGCGGUGCCGCAGGGGACAGAGGGACUGACGGAGCGGAGUGCGCCGCAGCUUUCGCCGGAACAUCAGCGCGGAGGACGUGAUGUCGGGGCUCUCCCGCCAGCUGCCGUGGGCCGCCGCCUGCCUGGCCGCGCUCUGUGUACUCACCGCGGCUCAGAGCCCCUCCCCGGACCCGAACACGACUACAGCUACGACUUUAGCGACCACCAAGAUAGUUCCGACGUCGCUGACAGUAACGCCGGUCACCAUUCCAGCACAAGAUAUCUGUGAAAACCGCAAUAGCUGUGUGUCCUGUUUUAACGCUAGCCUUGAUGCUGCUCCCUGCUUUUGGAUAGAAUGUAAAGACAAAAGCUACUGUUCCCAGAAUUCAACAGUUAGUGAUUGCCAGGUGGUGAAUGGCACAAAAUUCUGUUCUGAACCUGAGCCGACUCCGAUGCCAACCAAUUCUACAGCUAAAACCACAACUCUGCCUUCCUCUUCUACAACUACCACCACAGCUACUACAUCAGGUACAACUAAUACCACUUUAACUCCGACGUCACAGCCUGGGCGGAAGUCUACCUUUGAUGCAGCCAGUUUCAUUGGAGGAAUUGUCCUCGUCUUGGGUGUGCAGGCUGUAAUUUUCUUUCUCUAUAAAUUCUGCAAAUCGAAAGAACGAAGCUACCAUACUCUGUAAACAGACCCAUUAAAUUAACAAGGACUGGUGUGUAACUCACUGAAACCAAAAUAUUAUCUUUCAAGAUGUCCCACGUGGAAGACGCUAUUCCAGGAUCUUUAAAUUUUCAAAGGAUGCGUAUAGGAUGUUUUGGAGCAUCGUCCUUGAAGAAAAAUCACUUAAAUCAUUUUGCUCAACAGGAAUAUUUAAAAUAUUCUGCAUGAAUCCUUGUGGCUGUCUUCUUUUAUUUUCAAUGGCUGCUGCUGUGGGAUUAUGUUCUCUCUUCUUGACAUACCAAAUGUAACUCUGUAAGUGAUGGAAAACAUUGUCCUGCGCAGACAACCUCAUGACUCUUUUGGCAGUUUAAAUUUAGUCCUUUUAAAGCCUGAAAGCUGCAUUAUUUUCAUCCUAACUCAGGAUGUAGUCUAGUGACCAGAAUUGAGAAGAAUGUGCCAAAUGAGCAUCAGUCGGGCGGACUUUUGGCUGUCCUUUCAAAAGUGGAAUAAAUCUAUAAAUUUAGUAUCCUUAGAGUAAACUGUAUCUUUAGAGUAAAAUUUUGUGCUCGAUAGCAGUUAUUUUUUCUACAUUAGAAAUAAGAUGCCACACAGGGAAUUACAUUCCAGAUUUAAAGGAACGAAUGGAAAGGAUACAAAUCAUUAAAGAAUAGCAGGUUAUUGUUCAUCCUUGUAAAGCACCUUAUAUCACUGAGAAAAUAAAGAACAGUGCCUUAAAAGACAGACUGAAAGGUAGACUGUAACUUAAAAUGUUUGUGAUUUGUUCUUUUACAUUAGGGAAGGUGAAGGUUGGCCUGAUGACCUGUUGACAAGCUGUAGUAAACCUGCGUGUAGAUACCAUACUGUUAGUAUUUAACUAAAUCCUAUUUUACUUCAGACCCGAGCAAGUGAAGCAAAAAUUAGAUAUUCCACAAAGCUGAAAACCUUCACAUAUUGAACCUCCCAACAUUUUUCUUAGGCUGUUAAAAAGUAUAAAUCUAAAAUUGGUUUAAUUAUAUUUUCCUUUGUGCUUCAACACUGUUGUGCCAUGGAAGGAUUUUCACCAAGCUUUCUUGAAAAGUGACUUUUUUUCUGAGGCAAGAAGGAAGAAAGUUGGUUUAGAGUCAUUUACUAGCUCUUUAAUGAGACAAUCAUUUUAAGUUUUGAGACCAGAAAUUUGACCAGUGUGAUUUUAGAAAAUCUAAGGAGUUUUAGCUGACUGGAUUACUGUAGAUUUUUAAUGAUGAAUGCCCUGGACAGACAUACUGUGCCUCCUCUUUCUUUCUUUCUCUUUCACUCCUGCUUUCUCCUCUCCCAUCCUUUCUUCUUAGUUUCUGUUCCCAUAGCAUAAGUAGCAUGCAUACUUUAAUUUUUUGUUUAGUUUUCUUAGGCAGCACUAGUUUUUUUCAGUUUUGGAGGGAUACUUCUCCUCUGCCUUUGACAUAUUGGAUUAGUUCAGAGGUUUACAUUAGUUUUAAAAAAGCUUUUGCUUUUCUAGGUUAUUAAAGGUUUUUAGUUUCUUUAGCCUGUAGGGGCUGAAUUUAGCACUUGGUUUUCAGUAUUUUGUAGUAGGAAAUGACAAGUUGCUUUGGUCCAUUUAAUUAGCCAAAAUUCUUACAUUUAGAUUAUAUUCAAGGAUCUUAAAGUGAAGAUUUACUGUUUCUUUGUUACUUGCUGGUACAGCUAAAGUUUGUUUUACUUGCACAUUUGUACAUACACCUAAUCUUUUCAAGUGCCUUAAUUGUUUAAAAUCUCUGGCUUCAAAGGUUUUUGGGAAAAGGUAGGUUUACCUCACAUUUUUGUGUUUUCAUUAGUAAUAUUCAUUAGUAAUUCUAGGAACCUCACAAAGACUUUUAUUAUGGUGCCAUGGCUGUUAGUUUUUAGUGAGUGCUAGAAGAUCCAAGAUUCAUCUGAAACUGUACAGAAUUUCCAUUCCUCCCAAAGUGGCAAAUUUUAGCUACAGUGGUAUAAUUAUCAUUUACGUAGAUAUGAAUACCUUAUUACACAUUAAUGUCCAUACAGCAGUUUUUGUGAAAAUGUAGCUGAAUGGCUCCUUCUCAUCUUCUGUAAUUUUGACUAUUGCUCUAAUGACAAAACCAUAGUAUGAAACCAGUUAGAUUUUGCAAGAAGAGCUCUUACAACAGAACUCAGCCUUUUCCCCCCUUUCUUGAGCAAUUUACGAUCUUGAGCCAUUAAAAUUUUGUUGUUUUUUUUUUUUAAAUCCAGAAGGUAUAUAGAAACCUUUUCAGAUUUUCUUCUGAUUUGUUCAUGUGGAUGUAGUUCUAUCAAAACACCUUACUGUACCUUACAGAUAUUUGUUGCACAGGCAGACACUGCUGUAUUUAGAAAUUUCUAUUUCAGUUCAUUAAAAACUGUAAAACCAACCUGUAUCAUGUACCAAACUGAUUCAAAAUAAAUCUACAUGUUUAUUGAA